GGAGUUACGCAGAGAUGGAGAAAAGAUUGAAGGUGUGGGUUUACAGGGAAGGAGAGCAUCCCUUGGUUCACACCGGGCCCUUCAACAACAUUUAUAGUGUUGAGGGGCUGUUUAUCGACGAGAUGGAGAGCAGGAAGAGCCGGUUCAUGGCUCGCCAUCCCGACGAGGCACACCUAUUCCUCAUCCCAAUCAGUGUAUCCAACAUCGUCAAUUUUCUGUACAGGCCUCUUGUCACAUAUAACCGUGAUCAACUUCAAAGGGUUGUUAUGGACUAUAUUGGCGUUGUAGCUGAAAAAUACCCUUAUUGGAAUAGAAGCCACGGUGCUGAUCAUUUCUUGGUUUCUUGUCAUGAUUGGGCACCAGACAUUUCACAAGCUAAUCCCAAGUUCUACCAGAACUUCAUUAGGGUUUUAUGCAAUGCCAAUACAUCAGAAGGGUUUAAGUCCCAAAGAGACGCCUCCAUUCCAGAAAUCAACAUACCAUAUGGAGAACUUGGUCCGACCCCGCAAAAUACAAGCCUCGACAAGGGUUCAAUCCUUGCCUUCUUCGCCGGAGGAUCUCACGGUCUCAUAAGAAAGAUCUUGCUGGAGCAUUGGAAGGACAAAGACAAUGAGGUGCAAGUGCAUGAGUACCUAGAAAAUAAGGAAGACUACUUCAAGUUGAUGGGUAAAGCCAAGUUUUGCUUGUGCCCUAGUGGGUACGAAGUGGCAAGUCCAAGAGUAGUCACAGCAAUUUCUAUGGGGUGCGUCCCCGUCCUCAUUUCUGACAACUAUUCAUUGCCCUUUAGCGACGUUCUUGACUGGAGCAAAUUCUCGGUGUACAUUCCGUCGAAAAAAAUACCCGAAAUCAAGACGAUCUUGAAAGAGAUUUCGCACUCGAGGUAUUUGGAACUGCAAAAGAGUGUGACGGAGGUGCACCGGCAUUUUACGGUCCAUCGUCCUGCUCAGCCUUACGAUAUGCUUAACAUGGUGCUCCACUCUGUGUGGCUAAGAAGACUCGAUGUUUCACUGCUUUCUUGAUAUGCAUAUAUUUGAAAUUUUUGUUUGACUUUUUUGUUUGUAUUGUGUUAUAA